CAUCAGUGAUGUUAAAAUGCGCUCCAUAAAUUUGCAAAUUGUAUUUUUGGCGCUGACUAUAACCAGCUGUUUUGCAGAGAGUGAUAAGACUAUGCCAAAACGAAGCAUUGGAGAUGCAUCUAUUCCUUGGGCUUCGACGAGCAGUGGUCAUAUUGGCAUUGGAGGAACUGGGGGCUGGAACUUAGCUGGCGGUUGGUCGAAUGGCGGCUGGAGUGCCGGGCAUAGUACUUUGAAGACUGCACCAUCACCAAAUGAGGUAGCUAAUGCGAUUUCAGCUGCCAAGCAAGCUUCGGCUAAUGUGCUGAUUGCCCAGCAGCAAAUGCAGGCAGCCAAAGAAAAUGUUUUGAGUCAGCAGCGCAUCGCUAUGGAAAAGGAGACCCAUGCAGCAAUACUCACACAAAAAUCGGAGGCCGCUGCAGCCAUUCAACGUUCGGAAGCUGCAUCGGCUGCAUCUGCUGUUGUAUUAGCGCAACAGCGCCUCGCCGCAUCAAAAGCUGCUGUGGCUUACCAGCAACGCAUUGCUGCGGCACGUGAGGCGGAGGCGGCUUCUGCUCUGCAACGAUCUGCGCAUGCGGCUGCUGCUGAGAUUCAGAAGACCGAGUAUGAAGCAGCCAAGUUCGGUCAGUUUACACGGAAUGGCAAUGCAGGUGCAGCUCAUCAUUUGACAAUUAUUAAAGAUACGGCACUGUCUCCUAUAACAGCUGGAACAAACCAUGUUUCAAAUAUUGAAACGCUGGGCUUGGGACCUUGGCUGACAGGUAACAGUGUAAAUAAGGGAUCCGCUGUGUCUGCAUGGCUAUAG